UAGACACCAAACCUUAAACCCUCCUCAAAACAGAACAUAAUAUUAUUCAAAAAACCUUGAUAUUGUGAAACAUUAGUCAUUUUAUUUCGUUGUUUACUUUCUUCACCAGAAAAAAUGGAGUUGAAAAUCAUCUUCCUUCCAUUCCCAACACCAGGGCAUAUACUUCCUAUGGCAGACCUUGCCAAAACUUUAGCUUCUCAUGGUGUUGAAUGCAUCAUUAUCACCACCCCUGCUAAUGCUCCUCUUUUCCAAACCUCACCCAACAACCCACCUCUCACAAUCCAUUCCCUUCCUUUUCCAGCAGCCGAAGUCGGCCUCCCUCCCGGCAUCGAAAACUUUAGCAAGAUCACUUCUGAAGAUAUGAGAAGCAAAAUAUUCACUGGCAUUCAUAUGCUUUGUAAUGCAACUGAAGACUUGAUCAGAGAUAUACUGCCUGUAGAUUGCAUUGUUUCUGAUAUGUUUCACCCUUGGACCUCGGAUUUCGCUGCUGAAAUCGGGGUCCCAAGGGUGUUUCAGUUGACUAGCAGCAUUUUCUCUUCAUGUUGUGAUCUCUGUGUUAAGUUCAAUGCUCCACAUGAACAAGUAGAAAAAGAUGAUGAUUUUGUAACAUUACCUUCUCUGCCUCACAAAAUAGAGAUGAUGAAAUCUCAGAUCCCUUUAUGGGUACGGAUCCCAAACAGAUUUACCUACUUGAUGGAUGUCGUUCGAGAGGCCGGACUUAAGAGCUCAUGGGUGUUGGCUAACACCUUUGGUGAAGCAGAAAAGGAGUAUGAAGAAUGCUACAACAACCUCACUGGGAUCAAGAUAAUGAACAUUGGUCCGCUUUUCCUCUGCAACAAGGAGGAAGAAGGCAAGGCUUCCUCGGCUGAGCUUGAUUGUUGGAAGACUUGCCUAGAUUGGCUAGACCAGAAGAAAGCCAGCUCAGUGUUGUAUAUCAGUUUUGGUAGCCUGACCUUAUUUCCUGAUGAUCAGCUUCAGGAAAUCGCGGCUGGGCUCGAAUCAUCAGGCCAUGACUUCAUUUGGGCUGUUAAGCGAAAGAAAGCAGAGAAAACAGAGGGGGGUAACGAAGAUGAGCAAUGGUCAGUUGAUGAGUUCAGGAAGAAAAUGGAAGCAAGUAACAAGGGGUUCAUUAUACAAGGUUGGGCCCCACAAAGGUUGAUAUUAAAACACCAAGCUAUUGGGGGGAUGGUAACACAUUGUGGGUGGAACACUUUACUAGAAGGGGUUACUAUUGCUGGUGUACCAAUCAUAACGUGGCCGCAAUUCGCGGAGCAGUUCUACAAUGAGAGGUUGGUGGUGGAUGUGUUGAAGAUUGGUGUUGCUGUGGGGGUGACUCAGUGGUGCAAUCUAGAAGACACUGGAAAGGAGCUUGUAAGCAGAGCAAAAGUGGAGACGGCUGUUCGAGCUGUGAUGGACAAUAGCGAGAGAGCAGCAGAGAUGAGGCAACGAGCAAAGAAGCUUAGCGAAACUUCUAACGGGGCUGUCAAGAAUGGUGGUUCAUCUCAGGCUAACUUAGUGGCCUUCCUCGAUGAGUUGAAAACGAGACGUUCUAAGGCAGUGUAAUAGCUGUCAAAGCACUUCCUCCGUCACCCCCAUUUCGCCGUCGUUCGUGAGAGCUUAUCAAUCAAAUGGGGUUAGUGAUAUGAGAUUGGUGAAAUGAAAAGACAGGUUAUGUAAUCUUUAUAAAUUCCACAGGUAGAAGACUGCUAGUUUUAGUAGAAAAAGUAAGAACUUAAUCUUUGUAUGAAGCUCAGCCUAGCUUUGCCUAGCUUCUCCAAGUUAAGGUUUAGGUGAGCUUCUAUCAUGUCUCUAUCUUAAAGUAUCUUAAUUAUGUCUCUAUCAUAAAAUUCUUAGAGGGAGGAGGAAAUGGUUUGAUCGUGUGAAAACAGAAUCCUUUGACCCUAAAACAGAAUCCUUUGACCCGAAAACAGAAUCCUUUACAAAAUAAAAAACUAAUCUUAUCUAUUAAAGAGUACUUUUUUACAAAUAAAAAAUCAAAUAAGACAAUUUUUAACGAAAAGAGACUACAACAUAUACAAAGUACAAAGUCAUUUACGACAAUUUUGCUUCUUAAUAAUACUCCAACAGAGCUUCUCUUUGUAAG